AUGCGCACGGCAAAGGAGAUGGGCAUCCGUACUGUAGCAGUGUACAGUGACGCCGAUGCCAACUCUAUGCACGUGAAGAUGGCGGACGAGUCGUACAACAUCGGUCCUCCCCCGUCUAAAGACAGUUACUUAGACAUGGACAAGAUUCUGGCUAUAGCUAAGACGACAGGUGCACAGGCUAUCCAUCCGGGAUAUGGUUUUCUCUCUGAAAAUGAGGCUUUCGCCGAAAGGUGUUUCAGUGAGAACAUCUCCUUUAUCGGUCCUCCUGCCACGGCUAUCCGUGACAUGGGCAGCAAAAGUGAAUCCAAACACAUCAUGGAUAAAGCCAACGUGCCUAUUGUCAAGGGCUACCAUGGUGACAACCAAGACAUCGACUAUUUGCAAGAGCAGGCCAGAGAUAUCGGAUACCCUGUGUUGAUCAAGGCGUGGAUGGGUGGAGGUGGUAAGGGAAUGCGUGUCGUGGCCAGCGACGCGGAGUUUCAGGAUAUGCUGUCGUCUGCUAAAAACGAGGCCAUGAAAAGUUUCGGAGACGACAGAGUGCUGGUAGAGACGUACGUUUUGAAUCCCCGUCAUGUGGAAGUGCAGGUGUUCGCCGAUAGCAAGGGCAACUGUGUGUACCUAUUCGAGCGAGACUGCAGUGUGCAGCGUAGACAUCAGAAGGUCGUCGAAGAAGCUCCCGCGCCUGGUUUGAGUGAGGAGACGAGGAGAGAGCUUGGAGAAGCCGCUGUCCGAGCUGCCAAGGCUGUCAACUAUGUAGGAGCAGGUACUGUAGAGUUCAUAAUGGCCGAGAGUGGAAAGUUCUACUUCAUGGAGAUGAACACACGAUUGCAGGUGGAACAUCCCGUGACUGAGUACAUCACCGGAACGGAUCUAGUCGAGUGGCAAAUCAAGGUUGCCAGCGGACAGGAACUGCCCAAGACUCAGGAACAGCUGAAGAUCAAGGGACACGCCUUUGAAGCACGUAUAUACGCUGAGGACCCGGAGAACAACUUCAUGCCAAUGACUGGUACUCUCUCGCACCACCGCCCACCACUCACCUCAGAGACUGUGCGUGUAGAUACCGGUGUGCGUCAGGGCGAUCUCGUGUCGGUGUACUACGAUCCUAUGAUCUCCAAACUGAUCGUGUAUGGCGAUGACAGAGAGACAGCCUUGCGCAAGCUCGUGCACUCGCUUCAACAGUAUCAGGUGGGAGGCUUCAAGACCAACAUCAGCCUACUUAUCAACAUAGCGACCAACCCUAAAUUCCAGAAGGGCUGUGUCACCACGCACUUUAUUGAGGAAAACAAGGCUGAUGUGCUACCGGAGGUUCCAGUUGUCCGUGAAGUGGCCAUUGCGCAGGCGGCCGUGUCACUGUUGAAUUCCACUGGCGGUGUGACGAAUAUCAAUGCCAAUGAUGCGACCUCUCCGUGGGGUGCGGCGCCGUUUAUGGUCAACGGCAGACCAAUAUACACCUACAACAUGGAGUACAGGGGCGAGAGCAUUGUGGCCACAGUCAAAUAUGCCGCAGAUGCCUGCAGCUAUGACGUAGAGAUUCGCCGCGAUGGAGCGGAUGCCACGCACAUGUCUGUGUCACGAGUUGCGACACAGGACGACAAGCUGACGUUCACACUCGACGGAGCCUCGCAGGUGGCGGACGUAGUCCACUCACUGGAUGCCGUCACUGUGUUUGAUCAGGAUGGUGGCAACUUUACGUUUGACAUUCCUGCACCCGAGUUUUUGGUUCCCAAGAUCGAGGCCGUGAAUGUCAACUCAAUUGUGGCGCCCAUGACAGGCAGAAUAGAGAAGGUGUUGGUAGAGGCGGGUACCUACGUCGAGGCUGGAACACCGAUUGUGGUUAUGGAAGCCAUGAAAAUGGAGCAUGUGCUGAAAGCCCUUACGAGUGGAGUUGUGGGCCAAAUCAAUGCAGCCGUCGGAGAUAUUGUCGAGCACCACACCGUCAUCGCCAAAAUGAAGGAGGAAGACGAGGCGCAGUCGAACUAA